CACCAAUUGCCAUGGAUGUAGGUCUGAAAGAGGUAAUUGAACAACAUCUUAUACAUCAUCCCAUCAUUUGCCCUGCGUCAGUCCACUAUCAUCCCCCCCGAGAUAUCUGCAUACUUCAAUAUUUCUAUCACUGGGUGUUUUAUCAUCUUCUCGUAUUGGCGAUAUAUCUCGUGGCUUUUUCAACCACCCUCACUUUGCCGGAUCUAUUUAUACAUAUUGAACCUUGGACUACCUCACCUGAUUGACGAUUUGAUUCUGCGCACUCAGCGUUUCGAGCCUUCCAAGGAUUCCUACAAGCAGUUGACAAACCAGGAAGUCCCAAGUGUUGAACCGGAACGGCAUUUGAUAAUAUCUGAACGACAAGGAUAACACAGCUCCCAAUCAAACAUGUCUAAAAUAUCCAUCCUGGGUUUCCUACCCAAUUCCGACGACACCUCUAGCACUUUGCCCCCCAUCCACUGGUCCAUCCUCGUCUCUCCUCUCAACGAGGAUGCCUCAUCCCAGGCCCAAGCACAACCCAAAUCCAGAUCACGUCUCUUCCGACUGAACUCGGGUCCCAAAAAACUGACGAGCGAUACUGUCCUCUUCGACAUGCACAACCAUCAACUCCGCCAACAGCCGUACCCCGUUCCAAUUGAGUCAUCUUCGAGCGACGAUGAGUCCGCCGAGGUUCCUCCCUCCACCACGACUACACGAACGUCCAUCACAUCUUCCGACCGGAACCAACUGGUCCACCCGGUCAUCCGCGUCUACCUGGCCCCCUACCACUCGGUGCCGUUCAAGCUCGUCCCAAAACUCUCGUCCAUCCUCUACCAGACACCCACCUACGGCCCCGAAGAUGACUGGCUCCGGGCCGCCCUCGAGAACCUGAUCUGCUCCCGCAUCUUGGGGAGUGACACGCCGCAACACAUCUACAGCGCCCCCUCGAUCCUCGACUUCAUUCAUGAUUGUCUUUCGAGUAACAGCGCAGCGCUCUCCACAGUCGGGGCAGACCCAGAUGACUCCGAUUCCGACAUCAUCGAUUCCGACUACACCGUCCACCUCGUCCGGCUCGCCCAGGCCAAAGCAAUGUUCAACCACUCGGCCACACCGUCGCGGACGUCCAGUAUGACCGGGGGAUCCGCCAUGUCCCUGCAAGAGGAAAAGUCCGCGUCGGCUCGCACGGCAGGAAGCGGUGGUGGCAAAUCCAAAAGGCACUUUUUGGGCUUCUGGCUCACCCAAGGAAGUAACGGCCAGAAAUUUCAUCAUCAGCGUACGCAGUGCGCCUACGACCCUCAUCCGUGGCAGAGACAGGAUGACCCAUACGGCGGAUUGAUGUGAGCAAUCAUGGCCCAUCACCUUGCACUCAAGAAAGCUUCAUGUGCCUUUAUUUCCCGUAACGAAUUCUUCACUGAGUGGUGCGUUUUUGCUCUUUUUUGUUUUUUCAACAGGAUCGGCCGCUGGCAAAGACGCCAACCAUACUGUCCCACGCCUUGGGAAAGACGGGACGAUUCAUAUGGCGGGCUUAUGUGAAAAUACCAACAACGAGGGACUGUGAUUGGGGGGUCUUGGAGGCGUUCUUUGGUUGUUUAAGAGUUUGUGGAGGGAUCUUUUUGUUUUGGCGAGAUUGAAAGUUGCCCAGCUGGCUAACCUCCUCACUUGUUUCCUAUUCAAAGGAGAAGAUGCUCUAUUCUAUCCGUGUCUGUUCAGUUGAGACUGUACAGAGACACAAUCAACAAAAGACUUGGUUUUUGAAUUGAAAUGGAUAUUCAAGUAUACCGAUACCGGGGUUGGAAGGAGCGGAGUGACAUGAUCGUCAUACUCACAGCGUACCGAGUCUUUGCUACGAAUUACAGUCACUACAUCACCGAUGAUGGCAACGUCGACGAGGUGAAGAACAAAUUGUGAAAAAAAUCUUGUAUGAGAUACAGUUUGAUGACAAUUAAUUUCCAACCCUGGCUACCUAAGGUAUGGGUUCUAGCUAGUGCUAGUGCUUAAAUGCUUCUGCUCCUGCUCCUGCUCCUGCUCCUGCUCCUG